UCAAUGAAACCGCUGUAUCUGCAUAACGGGUUUAGCAUUUACCGGCUAAGAAAGAAUAACGUUGGAUUUAUGGUCGUUUUUAGGAUAUCCUUAGGAUGACAGAGAUAUGUAUAAAAGGCACCCCUGAUUCCUCCUUCGUCGGCAACAAUAGUUACCAAGUUUCAGUUGCCUAGAAUAUAGGGAAGAUAAAAGCAAGGAGAAAACGGUGUUUGUUUAAGCCAAAGAGUCCGCUAUGGCUUCCCUGUGGAAGACUACAUUUCUUCGCACUUUUGGCUUCAUAGCAUGGGCCUCUUUAAGCGCUUGGUUGUUUUCUGUUGUGGAACAUACGGGAAAAGAUGGCAAAGAAGAGAAAGACCAGUUGUUAAAGUCCCUGUAUAUUUCCAUGGCGUCUAAAUACAACAUGACUAUCACAGAUUUUAAUAAUUUUUCCAGCAUCGCGCAUGAAGCUCUGAGCCAGCCUAAGCCUCGGUGGACGUAUGCUGUUUCCUUGGAAUUCGUCUUUCAAGCUAUGACUACCAUAGGUUAUGGAUACAUUACACCUCAAACACCCGCUGGUCAACUAUUAUGCAUUUUCAUAUGCCUUCUUGGAAUACCCAUAACUUUACUCGCGCUGAAAUCCGCCGGGGAGCUAAUUGCUAAACUUGUUAACGCACUCGUAACAAAGUUUGAAAGCAAACUGCUGAAAAGAGCGCAACCGAAAAAAAUAGAAAUGAAAAGUGCUGUGAUCCUGUUUAUCCUGAUGGUGACAUUAAUUGUGACAAACGGUGCGUUAGUUAUGCGUUCACAUGGCUGGACGUUCCUUGAAAGUGUGUAUUUCUGGUUCGUUACGCUAACUACAAUCGGUUUUGGUGAUUACGUGCCGGAGAAACGAAAGCACUACCUGGAAAAUUCUAUUACGGAAGAAAAAGCCAAAAAAACUGGUCUACUGGUUUUUUCCAGUAUGUUCAUGACUAUUUAUGCCAUGAUUGGCUUAUGCGUUGUUUCAAGUGUCAUCAAUUCCAUCAUGGCGGCUCUGGAGGAAUUGAAGUUCCCUCGUGCGUGUCCCUUAUGCGUCUCUCGAAAAACCCAGGACGAAAUGAACACUGCUUUACCCAAUUGCUCUCCAAAAAGGCAAGAAAAUAGCACUGACAAAGUGAAAGUAUGCCACUUAACUGAGAUGUAGCUGACUGUUUAAUAGCAAUGAAAUCUGUUUUGCGUCGAAGCUGCACAUGAAAGCCUUAUUGAAAUUUAGAAAAACCUUGUUUUGGUAUAAAAUUUCUCAAAUAGAAGAAGUUUUGAGGUCAUGAUGGCGAUAAUUCUUUGUGCAGUUUAAACGUAUUUUUAAUGACGUUAUGCCGCCUAAAGUAAAUAAACUGAGAUAAGAGUGAAGUUAUUUUUCGGCCUUUUCCAAACUUUAACAAUCUGACUAAUGCUUGUCAAGUUUGUUAACACAAAAAAAGAGGAAGAGAAACUCUUUUAAACAACUAACAAGCCUCAGAUGGCAUAAUAACUGCCGAUAGUGAUAUCUUUCAUAUCAGUAUAUAACUCUUAAAAAUUUGCUUCAGGUAUUAGUGGUGAUGAUGCCGCGGCAGCCAUGAUUAUUUGGUCACGAACUUAUUUUUCUCAGCCUCGGAUGAAUUCAGCUGAAAACUAAAUCGAGCACUUCUGAAAGAAAAAAAAUCGAGACGACUAGCUAAAAUUGCCAUGUUUACUUUUCGAAGGUUUCUCCUUGACAAGUUCCCCGCAGCAAUAUUUCCUCCUCAGCAAUACCGACGAAUAAAGAUGCGACAAAUAUAAAUUUGACGGUUCCCUUGCCUUGAUCGUGGAGAAUUGUCAAGGCUGGGGAUGCAAAGAAAAACCUUGUCAAGGACGACUCCAAUUUUCCAGUUUGGAUAACUUGACACCGUUGAAUGAUAACAAUACCCUUCAAGAAAAACAUUUAAGAAUGAAACAAUAUACAAAUCGACGAUGACAAUAGAGUCUAUGGAAUAAAUUCAUUCGAGGAAAUUCUCACACCUGCCAGUUAAUCCUCAAAGGAGUCAUUGACAAGUCUUCCACACUAAAGUAAACAAGUGACAAUUCUGUCUUGAUAAGUUAGAGUAAU